AUGGCAGGUAUCAGCACUAAGCUCAUUCACGACGACGACUCCACAGCGCGUGUUCCUGACGUGGUCCAGCCGAUUAACGUCUCUACCACCUAUAGAUAUUCCAACAACCCGGAUGAUCUAGUUCCAGUCACGCAGCGUUCUGAUGAAGAACAACUGUCCGAACUGAUCUACUCUCGUUUGAACCACCCGAAUUCGGUAAAGGCAGAGACGAUUUUGGAGGGUAUUUUGGGGGGCCAUGUUGUGGUUUACUCCUCUGGUCUUGCGGCUUUUUUUGCAGCUUUGACGUACUACAACCCAAAGACAUUGGCAAUCGGAAAGGGGUACCACGGGUGUCAUGGUAUUGCCAACAUCUUUUCAAGAUUGAAUGGGUUGAACCAAAUUGGACUUGACGACGAUUUCAGUGUUUUGCAGAAAGGAGAUAUUGUUCAUCUCGAAACCCCCGUCAACCCAGAAGGUACUGCUUUCGACAUUAAGUACUACGCUGAUAAGGCUCACGAGAGGGGUGCCUUCCUGACUGUGGAUGCGACUUUUGCCCCACCACCUCUGCAGGAUCCUUUUCUUUGGGGUGCUGACUUAGUGUUGCAUUCUGCCACCAAAUACUUUGGAGGACAUUCUGAUCUUUUGGCAGGUGUUCUCGUGACCAAGGACCCCAAGGUAAAGCUCCAACUAUUCCAUGAUAGAGUCUAUUUGGGUACCAAUAUCCCCAACUUGGAGAGUUACCUUCUCAAUAGAAGUUUGAGAACGUAUGAGCUUAGAAUUUUGAAGCAGAGUAAGAGUGCCGAGGAGGUUGUCAAGUAUCUGAACGAUAAUAUCGCAAAGUAUCCAGUCUUGACAAAGGUGUACCAUGCUUCUUUGCAAACAGAUGCGUUUGUCAAGGAACAGUUGACCGGUGGAUAUGGACCCACCUUUUCAAUUGAAGUCAGUGAGGCCGAGAUCGCCAAGACGCUCCCCAGCAGACUCAAGUACUUCCACCAUGCCACUUCUCUCGGUGGUGUAGAGAGUUUGAUCGAAUGGAGAGCUCUCACUGAUGCCAGUGUCCAGCCUACUCUUCUGAGAAUCAGUAUUGGUAUCGAGGACUCCAAGGACUUGAUCGAGGAUUUAGACCAAGCUUUGAGAUUUGAAUAUAAAUGA